CUCUGCAGACCGGCGCCCGCUCUCUGCCUGCCCUCAUCAGUUUGCUCAUCCCUGCUCUAGGGUGCUCGCUCACCUUGGGUGCCAGCUUGCCUGGGAGACUGGGAGAGGGGCACCCAGCUACGGCAGGUUGCAGUGUCAGUUCCAGCCCAGCUGGGAGAGCCGGGCAAGGUGACUUCCAAGCGGGCAGCAUCUCUGGGGGGCAUUUAGCUUUGGUCUGGAGAGCAGCAGAGGACAGGGAAAGAGGAGGAAGCUGCUGAGAGUGAGGGGCAGGGGGAGCUGCCCCCUAGGUCAGCCUGGGGGUUGGGGGUCACUCAGAGGCCCAGCGAAUCUGUAUUGUGAUUCAGACCUGCCCUGUGCCCCCCAGCGCCCACCCCAUGCACACUCUGUGCCUCUUCCCCCCCAUUGGUUGCCGCCCCCAGCUGUCUGGCAUCUCUCCUCCCUCCCCAGAUCUCCGGAUCCCCUUGAUGUGGAAGGACACGGAGUAUUUCAAAAACAAGGGAGACCUGCACCGCUGUGCCGUGUUCUGCCUGCUGCAGCUCGGCGUGGAGAUCUAUGACACCGAGAUGGUGCUGGUGGACCGGACGCUCACUGACAUCUGCUUCGAAAACGGGGUCCUCUUCACGGAGGCGGGCCCGGACUUCGAGCUGAAGGUGGAGCUGUACAGCGCGGGGCUGGAGGAGGACUCUGCGCUCGGUAGCACCCCGAAGAAGCUGGCCAGCAAACUGAGCAGCUCGCUGGGACGCUCCUCCGGGAAGCGGCUGCGCGCGACGUUGGACGGGGCCCCGGGGAGCCCCGUGAGUAAUGGGGGGAGCAGCCCCCUCCUGCUGCCGGCCCCCAGCGUGGCGGGCCCCAAGUACCACCUGCUGGCCCACACCGUGCUCUCCCUGGCCGAGGUUCAGGACAGCUUCCGCACCCACGACUUGGCCAUCACCAGCAAUGAGGAGAGCUCCUUCUGGCUGCCCCUCUAUGGCAGCAUGUGCUGUCGCCUGGCUGCCCAGCCCUACUGCAUGGCCCAGCAGAUGAUGUGCGGCUUCUUGAAAUUGCAGCAGCAGGUGGGUGAGCAGCAGAGCUGGGCGCGGCUGUUCUGCGUGCUGCGGGGCUCCAACCUCCUCUGCUACCGCCGGCCCCAGGAUGCCGAGGCCCUGGUGGAGCCGGCGCUCACCAUCGCCAUCAACAAG